AUGUCGGGACGCGGCAAAGGCGGCAAAGGCCUGGGGAAAGGCGGCGCUAAGCGCCACCGUAAGGUUCUGCGCGACAACAUCCAGGGCAUAACUAAACCUGCUAUCCGUCGCUUGGCUCGUCGUGGCGGUGUGAAGCGCAUCUCUGGGCUCAUCUACGAAGAGACGCGCGGCGUCCUGAAAGUGUUUCUGGAGAAUGUGAUCCGGGAUGCAGUCACCUACACCGAGCAUGCCAAGCGGAAGACUGUCACCGCUAUGGAUGUGGUCUACGCUCUCAAGCGCCAGGGCCGUACCCUCUACGGUUUUGGUGGUUAAGCUUUCCGGUUUGCCCUCAGUUUGAUUUCAACCUAAAGGCCCUUUUCAGGGCCACCCAAAUACUCUUAAAAAGAGCUGUAACUAUUAGCCGAGAAGCAGUUGAGUCCUAUAGUGGAAAUGGAACCACUAGCCCUGAACUAGAAAACAUUGCGGGGUUUAGUAAAACGUAUAUACGUACAGAAUCUUUCGCCCUCAUGGUAGCGGCGAAGAUGAUUGAAAGUGGAAAACUAAGGAGAAAGACUUAGUCGCCAAGCCCCACCCAUGAGUGUCGGCCUGUCAGAACUGAUGAUCUCUGUUUUACCGUAGGACAUAAAUAGGGGAUGGGAAAUCGAGCGAGAAAAGGCAAAGGCCGGGUUUAGUAAAUCUUUUUUACGGGUUAUGAAACACAUCUGAGUCUCAUGUCCUGAGAACAGUACUGAAAUUACCGCUACUAAUGGGGUGAUUUGUCUCGAUUAAAAAACUAAUCUGAAAUGGUGUGCAAAAGAAGCCGGAU